GAUUUUAAUUACUUUGGAUGACCAUUCAUAUAUAUAAGAUCUCGAAUGGAGUGACAUGUACAGUUAUAGUUAAACCACUUCUUCAUUCUUAUGUCAAUAAUUAAGUUUUUUAUUUGAAUGUGUCAAACAAUAAGAGUGACAGUGCUCCUUGUUACUACUGCCUCUCCGAAUUCUCUACCGCCACUUUACGGACCAAGAGACCUUACCUUACGGAACUUACCGCGAAUUUGAUACAACUGCAUUAUACAUCUUUCACUCUGUAUCUACUAAGUCCUCUUCUUUAUUACCUUUCUCGGAAAUUUGUGUACCACAAAUGAGAUGUCCAACCCCGAGCCGAUUCCACGCACCCUCCCAAGCACACAUCUCACCAGACACUCUCACUCUCGUGGUGACGUGAGCGCCAGCAGAUGUCAUGCCUCUCCUAGCCGAUCACUCCCGAAUACUCCUCGACCAGAGGUCCCAUUGUCCGCUGUUGUUCUGACCACCCCUCUCACUGCAUUUCCAGCUUCUCCUUGCUCUGAGGUUAUUUCCUCACCUCGUGCCGGACACAACUUAUCCCCGCGUGUUGGGUUCCCCGUGUCGUUUUUGUCCGGAGCAUCUUCCUCCCCUCGCACUUCUGUUCCUUCAUCCCCCCGUAUCCCCAACCACAGCGAGAGGACCACUAAUGCUUCGUCACGGGGGGCGGUGACCGUAAGUUCGCUGUACUCGACAGCGCAAUGCAUUCUGUCCAUGGUGGGCUCCAUAGGCGUCAUCUUGCUGUUUGCUGGCAUUCCCCAGCUCAUAUACUCGCCGUCAGUGCAGCUCAACAACCUCAUGACGUUCCUCCUCGGCGCCAGCCUCAUCACUGCCAUGGUCGCCGGCAACGCGUUCGUCAACUACAAGUACCGCCAGUACCUCCAUCGUAACCCGGUAACGCGGCCGGCGCGCCGCACGUCUCUGGAAGGGCGGGAGGACAAACCGCCGCCGUACGAGGACAUCGAGAAGAUGGACGCGCAGCCGCCCGACUACCCCAGCGCCGUGGCCGUCGCUUCCGAGAGUCCGCCGAGCUACCACUGGCUGGCACGGAUGUACCAGUGGGGCAACUUGAUCGACACGACUACUCCCGGCAGUGUUAGCAACCAGCCUGGUACCAGCUGCGAUUCUGGUGACAGUGAAACGUCAGGCCCUAAUGUAGUGAUCGUCAAUUCCGGAACCUGUGGUAAUGAAUUAUGUGGUAAAAAUACUCCAAACCGUGGCCAAGUCAAUAACUCAUUUGAAAUUAAUGCGUACGAACCUUGUGGAAUCCACUCGCGAAAAAUAUCUUCAACGAGCAUACCCUCAACGCCGUCAAAAUUACAGCAUGCCAAAGGGAAAUCUAAGAGGAGCAAAUCGAGUGUUCCGAACACUGAAGAAGUCUUUAGCGACGAUUCGAAGACAUCGGGACUGUGGAAUAUUCGGAAAGCCUUUCUGAGAUCUGUUAGUGAUGACGGAUUCUUAAGUUUACCUAAUAACACAAGCACGGAUGCAAACAGUUCCUCAGGAGUUACGCCACGGAAUCCUGAGAUGCAUAUAGGAAAAGAUGACCUCCAGAAUCCUGAACGCGAUGGUGAUCGUACUGCCGCAGGUGUUAGCUCAUCAGCAGAUGUGAUAGCCGGGACUCGAGAAACCUUCGGCACUUCUGGUUUAGCCUCAAACUCUGACGGCAGCAACCCUGGUGUGGAGCCCCGUCAAUCUCUUAAUGUACAAAGGUUUCGGCGAUCAGGAUUCAUCGCAGUAAAUGUUGACCCCAGUGGGCCUGUGAGUCUCUGUAAUUUAAAUUCUCGUGACUCAUCUGGUUCGCCUUCGAUAUUUGCUUCUCUGUCGCUUCAUGGAAACGGGUCAAGUAAUUCUGAAUUCUCGCCAACUCUGCAGAAAACAUCCAAGGAAAACCACUCUAGUAGACGAAUGUCUGAAGAUGGAGAGACGAGCCUUAGUAAAAGCAAAGGUGGUGCGGUUGGCCUGGGUCGGCGUGCCAGUUCAAGCGAAGUUCAUUCCAUUUCUAGUCGGUUAAAAGACGCCCAGUGUAGCAUUGCAGAUGAGUAUGGCAUGGAGUAUAAGCAAAAUGUUUUUAUGUAAAUUUGAAGUUAUUUUAAACAUAAAAGAUUGUGUGAUAUUAUAAAAUAAAUUAGCAAGUUAGAAAUAGUUUGGUCUGACGGGCACAAUACAAAUCUAAGCGUGUAACAUUUACGUCCAAGUACAGCGUGACAGUGAGUCGGAUUUAGACGGUGAAUAACUUGCAUUCACAUAUAUAACCGCCAACUUGAUUGGCUUUUCUUUACUUUUUUUAAUAAUAAUAUUUUGUGUGCUGUUCUUAACUUGUUCGUUCGUAAAGUGAAGUUGAGAAAUAUAUCGCUGUGUGGAUUGCAGAAUGAUUUAAUAAUUCUGACUUUUACAUCUCGUACUUAUUCAAUUUUAUGAAAAGUUAAUUGUCGUUUCCUGCCUUCGCUUUCAUAUGAUAAUAAUGGUUUAGAACAAUCGAUUGUUUGACUAGUAAGAACAUGAAGCGGGUAACAUAUAUACCAAAGGUGGAUCUCUGUACGUAAAAAACAUGAACAAUCCUGAAAAAAAAAAAACGGAACAACUGGGAUAACACAUGACGAACGCUGAUCUUCCCUUCUAAAACAUUAAGUUACUGGCUGGUAUUUUUUGCAUAAUACUGUUCGCUUCCGGUCGUCGUCAUACUAACUAAAAUUUUGAUAAGACCGGUUACUGCUUUCCAACCACCAGGCUAUUUCUACCGAGGAAAAGUUAUUUUCUAACAAAGCUUUCUGGUCAACUGUUCUUAUUUUACUCGAGCGAGAGAUGAACGUAUUUUAUUCUUGGAUUUUCUCUGUUUGGUGCUAUUAUAGUUGAAGUAUAACCUAACCUAUGAAUGAAUUUUGUGUUUGAACAUUACAUUAAUGCUAAGUACCGGAAA